AUGGCGGCCGAGACGGUGGAGCUUCACAAGCUGAAGCUUGCUGAACUAAAGCAGGAAUGUCUUGCACGUGGCUUGGAGACCAAGGGAAUAAAACAAGAUCUCAUCAACAGGCUCCAGGCAUAUCUGGAAGAGCAUGCUGAAGAGGAGGCAAAUGAAGAAGAUGUACUGGGAGAUGAAACGGAGGAAGAAGAGCCUAAACCCAUAGAGCUGCCUGUCAAAGAGGAAGAACCCCCUGAGAAAACUGUUGACGUGGCAGCAGAGAAGAAAGUGGUAAAAAUCACCUCUGAAGUACCACAGACUGAGAGAAUGCAGAAACGAGCUGAACGAUUCAAUGUACCUGUGAGCUUGGAAAGUAAGAAAGCUGCCCGAGCAGCUAGGUUUGGCAUUUCUUCAGUUCCAACAAAAGGUAUGCUUCUAGAGGCUCUUUUAAGAAACUUUAUCUUCUUUUCAGGCACAACAAAUUUAAUUUCUCCCAAUUCGGGUGAACUUUCUGAAGAUGAUGAGAAACUGAAAAAGCGGAAGGAGCGGUUUGGGAUUGUCACAAGUUCAGCUGGGACUGGAACCACAGAGGAUACAGAGGCAAAGAAGAGGAAAAGAGCAGAGCGCUUUGGGAUUGCCUGAUGAAAAGCUCUGGAUGCUUUCUGUUCUCCAAUGGUUUCCAUUGCUCUGAUUCUUCAUGGUCAUGUAUAUACUUAAAUCUACAGCCAUGUGCCUAGGUUCUGCCUCUCAACGAGGGAGCCGUGUACCCCGGUACAUCCAUGAACUCCAGCAGCAGUAUUGCUGUUCCAACUUUAAGGUGUUGUGUUUUCUUGGUUUUAUUUUUUAUUUUUGACUGUUAAUAAAAAAUAAAUAAAAACCCUAGAAAACGGA